AUGUCGCUAAUACAUUUCAAAACUCAAGAAUACCCAUUCAAGUUUGAACCCUUUCUAAGACAAGAAUAUUCUUUUGGUCUUGAUCCUGACAGGCCCAUUUGUGAAGAUUUUGACUAUCAUAUUGGAGAAAGAUCAUGUCCUCGUGGUAAUCUAUGUCCUAAAAAGCAUGUUCUUGGUAUAUUUCAAAACAAGAUUGUUUGUAAGCACUGGCUUCGUGGUCUUUGUAAGAAGAAUGAUCAAUGUGAAUAUUUACAUGAAUAUAAUUUAAGGAAGAUGCCUGAAUGUGUUUUUUAUUCUAAGAAUGGGUAUUGUACUCAAACACCUGAAUGUCAAUAUUUACAUAUUGAUCCUAUGAGUAAGAUACCUAGGUGUGAAGAUUAUGAUGUUGGGUUUUGUUCAUUGGGUGAUGGUUGUCCUAGAAGACAUAUUAAGAAGAUUAUUUGUCAACGAUAUUUGAAUGGGUUUUGUCCAUUGGGACCUGAAUGUGAUAUGUCUCAUCCCAAGUUCAAUAUCAAUGUAUCUAAUUAUAUGAUUGAUAAUAUUGAGAAAUAUAAGAUUAAGAAGGAUGAAGAGAUCAAUACUAAGAAGAUGGAUGAAGAGAAAGAAAGAAGAUUGAAUGCAAUUAUUAAUGGUGAAAUUGAAACAUAA